GGAGGGUAUAUAUAAGAGGUUUGCGCGGAUGGCAGUGAAAUUCUAUUAUUGAAGCUCUUCCGCCUUUGUUUUUGCCGUUCGUUACAUGCACACACAAUAGAAAGAGAGUGAGAUUAUGGCUGUUGAAGGGAAUUAUUAGUCUUGACCAAGUGUGAACGCGAAGCCGCCGACUCUCAUUUCCAGAUCGAUGCCGGACCAGCUGUUGAAUCUAGCUACUCGAGGAAUCAAUGCAAACAAGGCUUUUAUGAUUGCCCAGGCACUGACGUUUCCUCCUUAUGCUGUGUUCACGAAGUGCCAUGAAUGCGGAUCGAACUGUGGAACGCGGAUACCAUUCCUCAUUUGCUUCGUUUACAGGCGUUAUCGGAUACAUGCUAUUGGUUGUUUUUGCCUAUAAAGCGAGCGGUAUAGCUGGCCUCUACGUGGCUACUAUCUUCGCGACGGUCGGUUCGUUCGCCCAAGUUCCUCCAAGAGCAGCCUGCUCGACAUGUAAUAUAGCAGGCCACUCCAAGCGAGCAGUGGGUGUACAUAGCUAUGGUUUCAUACCUAGGUCAUAUCUGAGGCGCAUUAUCUGGCCAAGUGUAUACCAAUGAGCAGGCUCAGCAUUAUGUUCGCGGACAUGCGGUUUGUCUAUAUACCGAGUGUUGAGGGUGUAAUAUCAGUACUAGCGGUAGCUUUCUGCUUACAUUACUCAUGCGUAUCUUGAAAAGCAUCUUAUCUCAUAGUUUGGAUUAUGGAAUGGUUAACACU